AUGCAAGUGGAAACACCCACGCCUCCGGAAGCGCUGGAUGCUCUGAGUCCGUCGAGCAAGUCGCUCCUUACCGACCAUGCUGGAUCUUUCCAAGUAAGAGCAUCACCUCUUAAUGCCAGUCCUCGUCGCUUGCGCCGAAGCCUUCGACUCUCGGGUGCUCCCUGCCUGACACCACAGCAUGCGUUGAACAAGGAGAAUCUGGGCGACUCACCCAUCAACCAGGCCUCAACAUCUGCUAAAACGCUUGAUGUCGGCCUUUUCGAAGAUGAUAAGCUCAGCAGUUCUCGACUCAACUCUCCGUUCAGCAGCAGCGCAGCUCGCAAUCCUUCUCCAUUGCGCUCUCAAAGCUCGCCACUUCGUAAAACUUCCCCUUCGCGUCGCGAUCCAAUCCUUCAAAGCGAUGAUAUCGCAUCCUCCUCAGACGAAUCGGACGACUCCACUCUCGUCUUCUUUGGAAAGCCAUCUUCGGCGGAAAAGAAGAAGCGCAUGCAUUACGAACAGAGAGUGCUCGAGAAGCGUCUAAAGCACAAGGAUAGUCUUGAUCUCGCCAGGCGGCGAUCCAUCAAUUUCAAUCCGGACGACACCAUGCUUGUUAAUGACCAGAUCACGCACGGUUGGUCUUGGUCUAAACCCACACCUACUCCUUUGCGGACACGGAUGAUGCUGCUAUCAUCACCAGCACUAUCGCCAAGUGCCCCAGAGUCUCCCACAAAGAGUCGAUCUAGCAGCACUCGCCCUUCCUCGCCUGAAACUCUCGCCCUGCACCCGAAUUCAAGUGGAGAUGAUGGAAAGAAAGCACAUCAAAAUUCUGAACUUAUCAGUGUCAGCGGGGCUGCUGCUGACAUGGAGCCUCCAAACGAACAUCAGCAGGAAUUGUCGAGUCCCAAGUCUCAACAAACGGUGGUUCAGCUAAGAGGGACGUCAGAUAUCGAAUUGCUCGACCAAGGGCAGCCGGACCAGAAGAGUUGCGAGAAGCCCGCAAUCAACCCAUUCAUUGCUUCACAGACUACCAUACCAAGUGGCUUACAGGCCAAGAGUCCUUCUAAACAGCCUCAGGAUUCUCCACGGCGUUCGCAGAGCCCCAUCCGCUCAGUUGAGACGCUCAUUGGCGCUACAAUGGCUCACAACCGCGACUUCGUCUCUCCCAUGCGCUCGCCGAGGCGCUCGCCAAGGCUGUCCCUGCAAGCACUUCAGCUGUCCACGUCUCCGACCAAGUCAAUUGACGGGGGUCUCUUCUUUGGACCGACCACACUCUUUCAGCAAUCUCUUGCAGCAGCACAGAAAACCACACCUUUGCAGCUCUCUACGCCUUUCAAGCAACCAACCGCAGCUCCAGCGGUUCCGCCUAGCACAGGUCUUUCGCGUUUUGCGUGCCUACAGAGCCUCGCACCUCUCCAAGCCGUACCUGAAACGCCUUCAACUAGAGUUCUUUCGAGCAAGAUGACCCACCAGACGAUCCUGCCUUCUCCCUUCAUCUCUUCUUCCGCUUUCAGUACUUCAUUCAAUGUUGGGCCCAGCGUCGCCGAUGUGCAUGCGAGCCCUUCUCGUAUGCCAUCAAGGUCCAUGCGUACGCCGAGUCCCGCCAAACCAACCCGGUCUCCUCAGAAGCUUGUCGAGAAUAUCACUACGCCUCUAAUGGACGAGUCCAAGGUACGAAGGAAUUUUUUACCUUCAAAGGCUGUCCAGGCACCUGAUACACCAUCAGUCAGAUUCGCUGAGCCAAAGUCAACAUGCGAGGCCCCCAGCAAACCUGAUCAGAUAAUCAGCGUCGAGCUGCACAGCGCUUGCACCCCUUCACCCAUCAAGUCGCAACUGUUCCCGGAAAUGUCCAGAUCUCCACGACGUACAGAAUCGCAAUUUGCAGCACAGUCGUCUUCAGCUCGCAGCCCAUCAAUGGCAGAGGCUGGGAUGGCAGCAACGCCGCCGAGGAAGGUCGCUGAAUUCAAGCCAGAAACCCCUUGUCCAGUCUUCCGACAGACGGCUCGACGCGUCCCCAUCCAUCAGCACGAAGCCGAUUUCGGUGUCAAGGUUUCACCCGAAAAGCCUUCCUAUUCGCCACGUCGAACCUACGCUAAUAGCUCAGCGAGGAGCAAUGACUUUGGCGUCAAGCCAGAGAGAGUACCUGCUCGCCGCGUGCCUAUUCAGCCAGCAGUCGUAUCGCGCCAGAAUACAGCAAAGUCAGGAGAGGCAUCAGCGCCAAGCGGCAUGAGACUCGCAAGUGUAGCCUCCAAGACCGCACGUGUAGUCAGCAUAGGUUCGGGCAGAAUCGGCGGCCAUAACACAUCUCUUCCUCCUGCCGCCCUUUCUCGAGCAGCAUCAGCUACUAAUGCUUCUUCGAUAUCUGGGCAAGCUUCGAACUUAGCUGCCAAGCAAUCUGGAUCAAAACCCACGUCUGCAACUCAGGGGCAUUCCGUAGCAUCGAAGGCAUCUCGUCUACAACGUCCAGCUUCAGCCGUCUUCGGUUCUAAACAGCCCUCACCCACAAAGCAAGCUCGGUCGCUCAGCGGUCUACCUCGGCCAAAGUCAGCAUCUGCAACAGCUCCUCUGUCUUCCGCAGUUGGUCCCGGAUCACGUCUUCCGCGGCCUGCCACUUUUGUCGCUCCGACGACUGCAGCUCGUCCCACGUCGAGGCCAGUGCCGAUGGCAAUUGCUAGACUUGCACCUUCCCAGAAGCCGCUGCAACGCUUUGCAACUGGUUUGACAGCUGCGGAGGCCUCGAUUGCUGUGGCGAAUGCAGACGACGAGGCUGUCUCUGUGCCUUCAUCCUCCGAGUUGUCAGCUUCAGAUGCAGAUACGAAAUCUGAUGUGAUCAUGGCAGGAGUCAUCGAAGAGACAAUGUUGGAGGCUGCGACCUCCGCUGUUGCAACAACCAUUGCAGCGGACAGAGCUGAAGUCAAGGACAUCGAGGAGGGCCAUGCCACGUCACUAGACCCGCAUGCUCAAACAGCAGCCUCAGUGUCCAAGACUCCAGCCGUUGAAAGUGGGGUCAAACCUCAGCCGGUAGCAUCCGGUCCGACGCUUCAGUAUAGACCUGUGAGGCCGAUCACAAAGACGGCGAAUGUAGCGCCCGUUCGUUCGUCAAGUCCGAACAUGGCUGCGCCUCCGACCCGAAUGCCCUCCUCUACGCGCCCAGCUCCUCCAGUGAUGCUGGACCCUGAACAGCAACGACUGCGAUGUCUGGCCAUGCAGGAGAAAGCAAGGAACCGUGCGCCGAAGAUCAGCUCGAGUGUCAGCGCAGCCACCAGCUCAGAUGUCGAGGAACUUCCUUCGAGUGAAGUCGCACCUGACGAAAGCUCACCACUGGCUAGCCCAGAGGAGCAUGCUCAAGCCUCAGCUACUCCCUCCGUAGGGCCUGGCGACGAUGCUUGUGUCAGCGCAGCUUUCGCGACGAGCCACUUUGACGGCCAAGAUGCCGGGUCAGCGACAGCUGCACCCAGCGGCAUCAUGGGCCAGAGUGGACUCGGCAAUACAAUGGCAGGCGCAGCCACACCUGCUGCUGCUGCUUCGACUACAGGACGACCCUUGCGAUCCGCCCGAACGGUCUCUCGGCAACUGACGCCUUCAGCAACACGCGUUGCCCCUUCGAGAGGACGUGCGUUGAGCCUGAACGAUAUCAUUGCAGCGCGCAAGAUUGACGUGCCUCUCUCGCUGACGGAUCAGCUUAGACUGGCAGACACAGUCAACAAGAAGCACAACGAGAAGACACUUGCGCGGUACAAGGUCACCAAGAUCCAACGACCUUAUGAGCGUCCACCCAGUCCUGACCGUCACGACCACGAGCCUGAGGCAUGCACGAUUAUUGACGACUUUAGCAGUCAUCGACAGGGCAAAGGUGACGUGUCUCCUUACUCGACCCCUGUCAAGAGCUCAACUGCGGCUAAAACCGGCCCAGCUGAUGGCCACAAGUGUGUCCGCUGGUACCGUCCGCUGUUUGUUGGCAAGGGAGCACAUUACGGCAUUCGAGCUUGUGACUCUAAGCCAGCGCUCAAGCCCAUUCAAUACGAGCUGGACAGGAUGGGCAACAAGGUUCCGACCGGAACGUCGCCCAAGUUGAGCAAAGGUCAGUCCAUUGUCAUCUAUCGCAACUACUUUAAAGGCGAGCCAGAGCCUGCCGAUGACUGA